UUAGAAAAAAGGCCGCAAAGGAAUUUCGAGUAACUACAACUAGAGAGAAGGUGAAGACGAGCCGUGUUUAGAUAAGCAAAUGACCGGAGACGGGCGGUCAAAAAGCAAAAUUCCCGAAACCCAUUGCGACUUUCGGCGGCGGGGCGGGGCCAUUUGACUGCAGGCUCCGGGAAGGUGACCGAUCGUGGUGGGUGUUCCUCGAGGAAUUGGAGACCGGGUAAAAGAAGGCUGAAAGAGCAGCCAUCUCUGAAGGAUUUCGGCUUUAGGUGAAAAUUUGGCAAAUUUAUCAUGAUUCUUCAACAGCUCUUUAGAUUUUCUUCCAUUUUCCGUUCAGCCCUAUCUGUCCAGUUGCGUAGAAAUAUUGGCUUUUCUGCCAUUGCAUUUAAUAAAGCAAAGGAACUUGAUCCUGUACAGAAGCUCUUCUUGGACAAGAUUAGAGAAUAUAAAACCAAGAGCCAAAAAGCUGGUGGCCCUGUUGAUGUUGGUCCAGAAUAUGAGAAAGAGAUGAAUGACCAAACUGAGAAACUCACACGAGUCUAUGGCGGAGGAGACAUGACCAAAUUUCCAGAGUUCAAAUUUGAAGACCCCAAAUUUGAUGAAGUUCAGAAGUGAUGUGAUCACGUUAUAUGAAGCAUUAGGUUGGACAUGUUGAGUUAGUCUGCAGUUAUAACUUAAAUAAACAGUUCAAUGCUAACGGUG